AGUAGCAGCACCCUAUAUUCUCUCUCUCUACAUAUAUGUUAUUUUGUAAGGGUAUAACGCUAGGUACACAUCGACAUCCCAAUUAAAUCGGCACCUCUUUAGCACCUCUCUCUGUCUCUAAGAUUGUGGAAUAUGGGUGCUUUGACGGCAAACCUACUGCAGCUCCCAUCAGAGUUGAAGCUACUAGCAGAAGAAAAAACCCCUAUUUUUCUGCACAAAACAUGGAGGAGGAUUUUGAUCAACAAGAAUCAAUCCAUUGUCCCCGUUGCCAGAUUGUUUGGACCGUCUACAUUUGAGGCAUCAAAGCUGAAGGUUGUGUUUGUAGGAGACGAUGAAAAGAAGCAUCCGAGAAUGCUCCCAAGAACAUAUACAUUUACACACUCUGAUAUAACCUCUAAGCUCACUCUUGCCAUCUCCCAUACCAUAGAUAAUUCCCAGUUACAAGGGUGGUACAACAAAUUACAAAGAGAUGAAGUGUUGGCAGAGUGGAAGAAUAUCAAUGGGACAAUGUCUUUACAUGUUCACUGUCACAUAAGUGGUGGCCAUUUCCUGCUAGAUCUAUUUGCUAGACUCAGAUACCACAUUUUCUGCAAGGAACUACCUGUGGUGUUGAAGGCUUUUAUUCAUGGAGACAAGAACUUGUUCAGAAAUUAUCCAGAAUUGGAACAAGCUUUGGCUUGGGUAUACUUCCACUCCAACAUCCCAGAAUUCAACAAGGUGGAGUGCUGGGGUCCUCUCAUUGAAGCAGCCUCUUCUUCUUGUGGGGCCAGUGGAAUCCAAUUAGAGGCAAGAAAAUGUUCUCGCGGGGUCAAGGUUGACUUGUGAGGGCGAGAAAAUUAUAUUGGAACAAGGGUGCUUCGGGUUCUGAUAGAUUUUAUUCAAAUUUCGAUAGUUUUAAUAUCGACUAAGGGUCAGCGAAUGAUUUUAGGUGCAUCUGAUGACGUGGAUGGGCACCCCCCCCCCCCCCCGGGAACUUCAGCACCAAACUGUUGUCUCUUGUCUUCAUGAUAGAUUUAUUUUCCUCAAUUUAAUAUUUAAAAAUGUGUUCAAAUGUAAUUAUUGUUGGAAAAAUGGCAUACUGGGCUGAUUUUGGCAUAAUUUU